AAAAAUGACUGGGUCUGGAAUAAACUUGUGAUGCUAAAAUGUGGAUGAUGGAAACAGCUCCGAAUGCAACACAGCAUGACAACUUUUCAGAACACUUUCUCAUAGGAAAUCCGCAUGAGAAACUGCGUUUUUGCAUGUACAAAAGAGGCUGCGACUUUUGUUGGCUAUGCAAUACAGAUUUAUUCCCAGGUGUGGAGAGCUAGCAUGACAACUUGCUACCUUCGAGACCCAGACACUUUUGCAUUUGAUACCGCUUCGAGAUGAACGACAGCGAACAGUUAUCGAGUCCGCGGUCAACUUUGUCAAGCGGAAGUGCAAGCGGCAGUGGCGGUGGUCCGCCGCCGCGGUUGGUCGUGACCGGGCAGCCGGUCAUCGGUCCGGGCAGCGUGAGCCAGAUGAACAGCCAGAAUUACAUCCCAACUGGGUACAUCAAAGAGCAGAAUGGGCAAUUUUCACCAGGAGUAACAACAACGUCCUCCCAUGGCGUUCCGAUUUUCACGGCCCAGGGGGUCCCGGCCCGCGUGUACCACCCAGGGAUGGGUCCGCCGCCGGUGGCGCCCCAGCCCGGACCGGCGCCCGGGGACGGUCAGCGACCCGACUUCGCGGGCCGGCGGCUGCGGCAGGCCGCCACCACGGAGGCCGCCAAUGAUCGGAUGAACAACCGGCCCAACACGAGCUCGCGUCGCUACUACCACGCCACGUUUCUGGAGCCGGGGGACGAAUUUGACCCGUUUGAGUCCGUGCGGGUGGAGGGGCGGUGGCGGGAUUUGCAGAACGAAAAAACGAGAACUUCUGCUGCGGCAGUGGAUCAACAGCAGCAGCAAGAACAGCAGCAGCGGCAGCAGAACAACACUUCUAUGAACGACGACAUAGAAAACUUAAACGACGAAGAUUUGAACAGCGUGAAUGGUACUCCGGAAUCGCAGUGGAGCGAAGACACGACAGAGAUGUUGCAUUUUGCGCAGCAAUCGUCCAACCCCGGGAGGGGAGGAGGAGGGACUGCUACCAGUGGUGCAACAGGAACUUCUUCGUCUGGCGUUGGUGGUCCUUCGCCUCCUUCCUCUAGUACGGGGAUGAAUUCUAACCCGCACAGCAGAAGAGAUCCCGCGCGACGUACUACGCCCGGCAGUAGAAGUACUAGAGCAGCAACUAAUAGUAGUACCCACGACCCGAUGACUCCCCCUGACUCCCCCACGCCAAAUGGAGGCAACCGCCCAGGUCCUAAUUUUGUUUGA